AGCGUGAGCGUGUUUUCCGCCAAUCAGCGCCCUCCGUGUGCGUGACGUCACCGCAGGAGGACGAGCGCUGCCGCGGGAGUGUUAGCAGACUUUCCUCACAUUGAGUUUAGUUUAGUUUCCCGCAGCAGUAAACAUGACGGACCCCAGUAAACACGACAUCACCGUCAUCCUGAGGCGCCUGCGGUCCGCUCCCGCGAACAAGGUGUGUUUUGACUGCUCUGUGAAGAACCCCAGCUGGGCGAGCAUCCCAUAUGGUGUCUUUCUCUGCAUUGACUGUUCAGGGACACACCGCUCACUGGGAGUUCACCUGUCCUUCAUCAGAGCUCGCGAGGCUCGUGUGCUCAUGUUGUGGCUGGACAGUCAGGCUCCUGUGUCACCCACAUCACCCCUGGACAGACACCAGGACUUCUUCACCCAGCACACCCGGGCUCCCCUGAAGGAAGCUCUCAGUGUUCAGCUGAACAGCAGCCAGCAGCAGAACACACUUCAGGAUAAGACUAACAACGGUGAGAGUGAGGUGGGUCCCAGUGUGGAGCAGCUCAGUGUGUCUCCUUCAUCUGACACGCACAGCUCAGAUCGUGACUCACUAAGGUCACCAGUCAGAGCUUCAGUGUCUCGGGCCGUAGACAGACUGCAGGAGGAGAGGAGCUCACAGACCAGCAGCGCUGAGCCCCAACUGUGGUCUCUGAGCCAUGGAGAGUCUGGAGCUGCAGCGGAGGAGCCGUCUGGAGGGAAAAGAGCAGGAGCAGGCGGAGCGGCUCGGCAUGGGCCUCAGCGGACGCAGGUAAACUUAACACUCUCACUCUCCUUCAUCAGAGCUCGCGAGGCUCGUGUGCUCAUGUUGUGGCUGGACAGUCAGGCUCCUGUGUCACCCACAUCACCCCUGGACAGACACCAGGACUUCUUCACCCAGCACACCCGGGAAGCUCUCAGUGUUCAGCUGAACAGCAGCCAGCAGCAGAACACACUUCAGGAUAAGACUAACAACGGUGAGAGUGAGGUGGGUCCCAGUGUGGAGCAGCUCAGUGUGUCUCCUUCAUCUGACACGCACAGCUCAGAUCGUGACUCACUAAGGUCACCAGUCAGAGCUUCAGUGUCUCGGGCCGUAGACAGACUGCAGGAGGAGAGGAGCUCACAGACCAGCAGCGCUGAGCCCCAUCUGGAGCUGCAGCGGAGGAGCCGUCUGGAGGGAAAAGAGCAGGAGCAGGCGGAGCGGCUCGGCAUGGGCCUCAGCGGACGCAGCAGUCUGUCUCACUCGGUGACUGAGGACAUGCAGAUGAUCCAGGAGUCUCCGUCUCUGAGCUCCUCCAGCAGGAGAGUGUAUGAGAAGGACGAGGAGCAGCAGGAGGACAGUGUGUCUCUUCCCACAGGCUCCUGGAUGAAGCCGAGGGAUCGUCGGAUCUCUUCUCCAAGCAGACCGAUGUCUACCUGGACCCAGACAGGUCAAAUGAAGGACUGCAGCGCUCUGGAAGUAAAGCUGAUGUGUGCUGUUACUCAGUGUGUCUGUGCCGGCAUGGUGUCUGUGAGGAGGAAGGAGCCGCAGGCCGUCUCUGAUGAUGCUCAGAGGAAGUUCGGCGAUGCCAGAGCUAUUUCAUCAGACAUGUUCUUCGUGCAGCAGGACCACUCAGAGUAUGAGGUUCGGGCGCGGCUGGAGAAUUUCUCGGGCAGUUCAGCAAUCAGCUCAGCCGAUCUGUUCGACGAGCAGAAGAAGACAGCAGUGUCUCUGUUUCUCUUUGUUCUGUCCUUUAUGAGUGUAAGGGGUCAUCAAACUGGUGCUGAUUGUGGUGAACUGUUUAACUCAAUAAAGAUCAGACUUGGUGAGAAACUGAGCUGUAUGCUAUAA